CAAGUCAGCGGGAUGCGGCAGUGAGGUGUGUAAUAUUGCCCCCCACGCUCCCCAAGUCAGGGUGCGGCACCCGCGAUGUGCCCGCCGGGCCUCGCUGGCGCGAGGGCGCCCGGGCCCGCCGGGGCUGCCCGCGGGGAGCGCGCCGUGGCCGGUCGCCCAGGCGAGCGAGCCGCCGUGCUCCCGGGGCGGCAGCGGUGGCAGGGGCCCGCAGGCGGCCGAGAGACUGCCCGAGACCCCGCCGCAGGAGACGGCCGAGAAGCUGCCCAGGACCUCGCCGCGAGCCACCCACGGGCCGACGAGGACGACGAUGAUGGCCACCCAUGCGGCGGGCGGCGCACGGUCAGCGAGGAGAUCAUGCGGCGCGCGGCGCACUUCUGCGAGCGCAACUCUGCGAGGGCCUUGGUGGCGUGGACGCUCGACGGCCGCUCCUGCGUCGCGGAGGACGAGGGGGGCGGCCUGGUGAGGCGGCAGUGCCAGGAGCUCAACGCCCGCUACGAGGCGGGGUUCGACGUCACCGCGAGCUCCCUGCCAAGCCUCGGUUUCUCCGACGACGAGUCCUCGCCCAGCGGCUCCGCCUCCGAGGAGGCCCCCGAGGAGGCCCCGGCGCAGGGGAGCCCUGCCGUGGAGCUCCUGCCGCCGGCAGCGCUCGCGUGGCCGCCCUGCGACCCGGCGGGCCCCGAGCGCGAGAACGCCCUGCAACGCCUCCAGAGGGCAGUCCUGCGCAGGCGCGGGGCUGGGCGCGGCCAGAGGAAGGCCAGGUCGUGGGCGCCGCUCUGCGCGCAGGUGUCUGCUGCGGCGUGGACGGAGGAGGAUCAGGAGGAGGUGGAGCAGCACGGCGCGAAACGCCCCCCGAGCCCAGCGUGCUUGCGGCUCGGCGGCACGCCGGACGCGCGCCCCGACGGCCGGAGCGCGCCGUGCAGCUCGGCCGGGUGCCGCUCGGGCUCCUGCGGUCGCCGACGCAGUGCGAGGUGUCUGACCAUGGACAGCACUGCGACGGUGUCGACGAGGGAGCCGUCGCCGUACGAGGCGCCGCGCGGCGUGUCCGACGAACAGCUCUGGGCCGACAUGGCGGAGUGGCGCCGGCGGCGCGAGCGGCGGCGCGAGCAGCGCUGCGGCGCCUCCGCGGGCGUGAGGCGCACGUACGGCGUGUGGCUCCGCGAGCAGACCGAGCAGGCUGGGCGGCGUGCGAGCUGAGGCGGAUCUGCACGGCGGCCCCCAUGUUCAUCGUGCCCUCGGGUGCGACUCCUGGGGAGGGGGAGAUCUUCAGCGUCGGCUGCCGGGUGAUGAUAUCCGAGGCUGGUCAGCAGUUUUCCAUGCGAGUCUGGUAGGCUUUGUGCAUUGUGGUCCCAGUCACUCAGGUGGGGCGAAAGCAGGA